CCGGACACAGUUUCUGGGCAUUUUCCUCUGCUACUAUAUCUAUAUUAUUAUAUCAGCUUGACGUAAAUAUCCAUACAUACUCACUCACCUUCAUACUUCACUGCCGUAAAUAUAAUCCAUUUAUAUCCACAAACAUAUUGAAUUUGCAGAUAGCUAGCUAGAUCAGAUGAUAUGAUAUGAUAUGAUGCAGACAAACAGCAAAGGAGAUGCCGGAAAACCACCAUCAAUUAAGCCUCCUAAUAAUCAUCUCGAGUGCUGCAUGUGUGGCGACCAUGGCUUAUCCUUGGAGCUCUUCAGAUGCAAACUUUGUCAAUUCAGAUCUCAACAUAGGUCUGUAUGUAUGUAUGUACUGCAGCAAUUUGUAUCCGAAAGCGGAGUCGUACGGCGUCUGCAACUGGUGCCUGACGGUGGAGAAGGGAGAAGAGGCGCAGAAUUCGUCGAAUUCGUCGUCGUCGUGCCGGAAUUCCGGCGAAGAAAACGACGGGAAGGCGAGGAAGAAAUUCGGGCCGGGGAAUAUAAGGAUGGGGGGGUCGUGUUUACGGCUGAAGAAUGCGCCUCCCAAACUGCAGGUGAAGAACCGUCCGGUCGUCAGCAAACAGAAAUCGGUGUCGCCGGAGAGCUCGCCCGCCGCCGUGAAGGGUGUCGCCGCCGCCGCGGGGCGCGGUGGGAUUGAAGAGAGGCUGCGGCGGACGAAGUCAGAUAGUGGGAUCGUCAGACACGUGUUUAGAAAUAAGGUGAGGAGAUAUAAGCUUCUGGAUGAAGUUUCUAGUCAAUGAUUCAAUGAAUGUGUAUUUCGAGGAUAAUAAUUAUUGAAAAGUUAUUAUUAUUAGUUCGAGUAAAUUUUGUCUGA